AUGUCAGUUGAAUUGACACGUGAAUUGACACGUCGUAAACGACGAGAAGUGCCGCUUAUCGAUCUCAGUGAUCAGGAUGAAUUAGAAUCUGUUAUGGAAAAAUCGGAUUCAUAUUUUCUACAAAAAAUUCAGGAUCGUGCUCAUAUGCAAGGAUUUGCAAUUUUAAAGGAUCAGAUGAGAAUUGGAAAAUAUACUCAGACUAACAAGUCUGGAAUUAAAGGUUUAUUUGAGUCAAAUAGCAUUCAUAUAAAUUUUGCGAAUGGGACACCGGAACAGUGUAGAGAUUAUUGUAGUAAGAAAUAUAAUCGCUGUAAGGAUCAUAAUGGUUGUAAAUGCGAUUAUUUUAAUUUAGAGAAGAUGUGUGAUAAGUGUGAUGAGAAUUGUACGAGAACCCUAGCACGUGUAUGUGAUGUAAAUAAAAAUGACACUAAUUCUGGACCUUGGGAGUUUGGAGAUAUAUCGGUCAGAUCUAAUAAUCAAGUAGGUAAUAAUAUUAAUAAAUAUACGAAGAAUAUGAAAUCGUUGGAAAUAGAAUAUAUGAAAGAAGCUAUAAAUAAAAUUAUAAAAGGAGAAAAUGUUGAUAAAACGAUUGUAGAAUAUGCGCCUAUGAUCCUAUCACGCGUUACUAUUAGUAUAGAUAGGAUUAAAAAGGCAGUGGAUAAUAUUGAUAGUAAAUUUAUGGAAAGGUGUUGGAAGCCGUGUAAUAUUUAUAUAUUUGGAACUCCCGGAACGGGAAAGACUUUUUGGAGUAGUAUAGUUUUUCCUAAUGCAUAUAAAAAAUCUAUGGAUGAAGAUUGGAAAUGGGUACAAGUGAAAAAUUCAUCACGUGAAUAUAUUGGAAUGUAUCAAGUUUUUACUUCAAAUUCUGGAUUACGUGAAUUAUAUGAUUAUUGGGAGGAUUUGCCAUUUUACGUAAGAUCAAAUGGGUAUAGAAUUCCAAAUAGAAAAUAUUAUUCAGCUGUUGAAAGAAGAUUCGAUUUUGUUGUUGAAUAUCGUAGAUAUAGAGAUGAUAAUAUACCUGUAUGUAGUGGAGAAUGUGUAUGUUGUAAGGUGCGAAGGAUUUUUCAUAAGGGAUCUAAGGAAAAAUUUCAAAAAUUAGAAUUUGAUGUUGAGUUUAACGAGGGCGUUACUCAGGAAUACGUGUCAAGAAUAGUUAAAAAAUUAAGUAAAAAGGGUAAAUUAUUAAAAAUGGGCAAUAAGAUUAUUUGGAGGGAGAAUUUUGAAAGCAAUAAUAGAUAUGUAAUCACUGACUCGAAUAGUGAUGAUGGGUUAGUUUCGGAUUUUAUUACAUAUCCUGAAAUUAUUAAAAAGCUUAAUGAGAGGGUUGUUGAUUUUGAUGAUAUUGAAAUUAUCGAAGAGAUUGAUAUUUGCGAAUUAGGUGGUGAGUCGAGUGGGUCUAAAAAAAGAGAUUACGAGAAUGAUAAUAAUUUUAACUUAAAGAGACAGAAGAUUUCUGAUGUAAUUAAUACCUAUGAUGAUGAUAUCUUUGAGAAUUUAGAUGAUGUGUAA